AUGAAACAAACUCAAGUUCAAAAACACCACAAACUCAAGUUUAACCAAUACCCAAUUCUCAAGUUUAACAAUUUCCACAACCUCAAGUUCAAAAACACCACAAACUCAAGUUCAAAAAAGCCACAAACUCAAGUUCAAAAAACCCACAAACUAAAGUUCAAAAACAACACAAACUCAAGUUCAACAAACCCACAAACUCAAGUUCACCAAACACGCAACUCAAGUUCACCAAACACGCAACUCAAGUUCAAAAACGACACAAACUCAAGUUCAAACACGACACAAACUCAAGUUCACCAAACAAGCAACUCAAGUUAA